UCCUGACGAAAACCCUCAUUUUGAUCCAAGGAUGGGUAUCAAUAAAAAUAAGCUUUUGAGGCCCAAGAGGGCAUCUCUUCAGUUUGUAGAGGAAGGCGAAUGGUCAAAAGAGGCUGAGCACAUUAAAUUGAAGAGUCACCUUGGAGAAGCACAAGCCAAGGACUUAAAGGUGAAGCAAGCUCAGCUGGCAAAGGCAAAGGCAGAGCAUGGUAUAAAUCCAAAUCUGAUAGAGGUAUCAGAGAGAGUUAUCACCAAAGAAAAACCAAAGGAUCCACUUCCUGAAAUCGAGUGGUGGGAUGUGCCUCUUUUGCAAUCUGGUACUUAUGGAGACAUUACUGGUGGUAGCAUGAACAAAGAUAAGCUUAAGAUGUAG